GUGUCAUGUGACCGGAGCCGGUCAGCUGAGCGGUGUUGAAAAAACGGUGUAAUAAGUCAGCGAGAGAAGAAGAGAAUGAUUUUGAGAUGUGGUGGCUUUUUCAAAACACGAAUUAUCGAUAUGUACUCUGAGAUAUGACGAGCAUUUUUAAGUCAUACUGUUAGUCAGUUAAAUACCAGAAAUGCGUCGCCUCAGCGAAAGCACCGCCAACAUGAACAUCCAGACGAAUGAUGAAGAACCCGGCGAGUCCUCCCCUUUGCUCGGCCAUGCUCUUCAGCCCCAGGGCUUCACUGGGGCCUCAUUUGGUUCUUCUGUCUUCAACAUGAUGAACGCCAUUAUGGGCAGCGGCAUCCUAGGUCUGUCCUACGCCAUGGCCAACACAGGCAUCAUGGGCUUCUGUAUCCUUCUCCUGUUGGUUUCAAGUUUGGCCUCCUACUCAAUUCACCUUCUUCUGACGCUGUGUGAUCAAACAGCUAUCACCUCAUAUGAAGAUCUUGGGUUAUUAGCCUUCAAGAAACCGGGCAAAGUCUUGGUUGCUGUUACAAUUCUCAUCCAGAAUGUUGGAGCCAUGUCUUCCUACUUGUUUAUCGUAAAAUCGGAACUUCCUGCUGCCAUUGCCAGUUUCUUGAGCCGAGACGCUUCUGGCUAUGUGUGGUACCUUGAUGGAAGGACUCUACUGAUCUUGGUGACUCUGGUUGUGGUGCUUCCCCUGGCUAUGCUGCCAAAGAUAGGGUUCCUGGGCUACACCAGCAGUUUGGCCUUCUUCCUCAUGGUCUUCUUUGCCGCUGUGGUUGUCAUCAAGAAGUGGUCCAUUCCUUGUCCCCUCCCACUUAAUGAAACACUCAGCACUAUGCUGGUAACCUCCACACAAGUGCAGGUUUCUAAUUCUUCCAACUCUGAAUGCAUUCCUAAAAUGUUUGCCAUCUCCAGUAAGAGUGCCUAUGCAGUGCCUACCAUGGCCUUCUCCUUCCUCUGUCACACUGCUGUUCUACCCAUCUACUGUGAGCUACACAGGCCUUCCAAGAAGAGAAUGCAGAAUGUUGCCAAUGUGAGCAUCUCGCUAAGCUUUCUGGUCUAUCUGGUGUCUGCCUUGUUUGGCUACCUCACCUUUUACGGUCAUGUGGACUCUGAGCUCCUACAGGGUUAUGAUACAUACCUGCCCCGUGACAUCCUUGUGAUGUCUGUGCGUCUGGCCAUUCUGGUGGCUGUGCUGCUCACUGUGCCACUUAUCCACUUUCCCACCCGGAAGGCACUGAGGACCCUGGUUCUGGGGGACAGACCUUUCUCCUGGUCCAGUCACAUUCUGCUCACCACCAUGCUCCUGGCAGUGGUUCUGCUGCUAGCCAUCUUCGUCCCAGAUAUCAGAAACGUCUUUGGGGUGGUGGGCUCCACCACCUCCACAGGCCUGCUGUUUGUGUACCCAGGCCUCUUCUACCUCCGAAUCAGCGCCAGUCCUCUCCAGUCCCUUCGAUCUCUGGGUGCUUUACUUCUAGUGAUCAUUGGGGUGCUUGUGGGCCUACUCAGUUUCAGCAUCAUCAUCAUCACCUGGGUCAAGAACACCUGAGUGGUUUAAAGAGGCACAUUUCUACAGAACACGAGUAAGGAGAAUCACCAAUGUUGCCAUAGAUGCAGAGAAGAGGGGCUUGUGGACUCACAAUCAAAACAUGCACAUUAUGGCAUUGCCAUGAAUACUCAGGACUCCGAGGUCACCAGAAUAUUUGGGAGUUAGGACUACACCGUGAUUUCGGGGGAAGAAUGUGGACCUUUUUUUGGACAGCUCUAAAAUUAAAAAAAAAAAAAAAAGAGCUUUUUUGUAGUGAUACAAAGUUUUAGUCAGGUUUAUAAAGCAUAUAUUCUUCUACAGUCUUUUUAAAGGACAAAAAUCUGAAAACUCUAAGUUCUAUGAAUUGGAUGAUGAUGAAUGACACUUGAAUUCAUCUAAAAAGCUAUCUGUAGUAUUUUAGUUUCAACAGCAUCAAUCAGUUGCAUGUGAGGGGAGCAGGCCUUCUUUAGGAAGGUGUUAAAGCUUUACUGUAAACUCUUAAACCCCUCGUACAUCAGUACAAGCCACGGGACUGCUCCAUUCUGGACACUCAGUUGUGUAUGACCCUUUCCAUAAAUGUUUCAUUUUUAGAUGGAAUCUUUUUAAAAAAACAAACAAUCAUUAUAAUUAUACUCCAGUUUUAGCCAAACGGACAUCUGGGACUUUUCAGGCUUUCAUUUACAUCGAUUAUGUAUAGAAGGAAUCUAACUAAAGAUUUACAGGCAUGUUUUUAUAUGGUUGGCUAUUUUGUGGUUAUUGGUUAUUAUUUUUUUGAAUUGUCAAUAAAGGGAAUAUAAUCAUAAAAAAUGA